UAUUGAUGUAAUAUGAAUGUAUAUAAACUGAUAAUUUCAAAUAAGUUUUCUUUGUUAAAAUAAGUGAGCAGUCCAAAUUGAAUGGCAGUUGCUUGUAUCUGGUUAUUCCAGUCGACAUCAGAAGUAUGGUUUGACAUUUACACUAACGUUCUGUCUCGUUCAUCAAUGUGCCUCAUUAAAAAAAGCACUCGAGAGCAUAGAGUACACUUUCUCACCAACUGAUUUUAAAAUUGUUCUGUGUGUCUUUAAAGAUACAUUAUGGGAGAUAAGAUAAAGAGAUGGCAGUUCUUGCUAUAAUAGUUAAAAACUAGAUAGUGUAAAGGUAAUUUGCUGAAAAUUUCUGUCAAAUUGAUCCACUAUGAGCCGAAAAAGAAGCGGGUGAAAUUUUUGCAUAGUCUUGGUCAUCAUUACUAAAAUCAUUAAUAUAAACAGCAUAGUCUCGAUUAUCCACUUUUUCUGAUUUAAUUAUCAACGGCCGUUUGCUGCAUAUAAGAAUCUAAUCCAGCCAACAUCGAAGGCUAGCCUUGACAUCAAGAGUUUAUUAUGGUCUGGAUAAGUUAAUUAAUGUCUAAUUGAUAAUUUAGAUAACAUUUCAGGCCUAAAGAAAGACUUGUAAUAAUCAGAUUUUGCUCUUGCAUAAUGCAUGUUUAAUACAGGAUAUUAGGAUGCCAUAUUUUCAUGAGAGUUUGUGAGUUGAUUUGUAGACGUCAUGACAACGGAUCUAAGUAAAAUACAUAAACCACUGGGAGUUCUGUAUGAUCCAAUCAAGGAUAAAUCUGAAUGGAGUAAGUUUAAACUAACUAAUGAACAGAUUGAAGAGUUUUGGAGAGAUGGUUUUUUAUUAAAUAUUCCUGUAUUAACAGAAGAACAAUGUGAUAAAGUUCUACAAGAUUAUAUUUACUUCUUAACAGAUAAAAGUCAUCCAAGAAAGGAUUUAUUAUAUGAAUUCCAUAGCAACCAAAGUGGAGAUCCUAAUAAUGUUCUCAUGCAUUGUUUAGGUCACUGGAGAGUUACGGAACAUUUUCAUGACCUGGUUUUUUUACCUAAUGUAGUGGUACCUGCUUCCCAACUUCUGGAUAAAAAUAAUCGAGAAGAAGCAGUAAGAUUCUGGCAUGAUCAGCUGUUUGCUAAACCUCCUAAUAUAGGUGGAGGCGUGGCAUGGCAUCAAGAUUAUUCUUAUUGGAUCCGAACAGCUCCUAUGAAACAUCUUACUGUUCAUAUAGCAUUAGAUGAUCAGUCAGCUGAAAAUGGUGCCUUACAUUAUAUUCCUGGCUCUCAUAACUGGAAUCGAAAUGGUCUUCCCUUACCAGUGACAGAUUUUAAUUUUAAAGAUAUGGAGUCAAUACAGACUAUUUUAACAGAAGAAGAAAAAGCAGCAUUUAAACCUAUUUGUGGUAAUUUAAAGAAAGGUGAAGCUAGUUUUCAUCAUCCACUGGCUGUACAUGGUUCAUAUGGUAAUAGGUCUCAACGUCCGAGAAGAGCGGCUGUAUUAAAUUAUUUUGCUGAUGGUGUUAAAUCAAAUACCAAUGAAGAAUUGUUGAAAGGUAGCAAGAUACCCAAGGGACAAAAGAUGGAGGGCGAUUUAUACCCAAUUGUUUUUGAUCCAAAAUGGAUGUAAAAUUUAUAAUGUUUUUAAACUUUGUGAGAAGAUGCAACUACUGGCUUUGUUUUAAAUUUUAGUGUCAUGUUGUUACAAAGUAAUAUUUAUAUUAACUGCUGGCUUUUUAAUAUCAAGUGUUAUAUUGUUACAAAGUAAUAUUUAUAUAAACUACUGGCUUUGUUUUUAAUUUUAGUGUUAUGUUGUUACAAAGUAAUAUUUAUACAAACUACUGGCUUUGUUUUAAAUUUUAGUGUUAUGUUGUUACAAAGUAAUAUUUAUAUUAACUGCUGGCUUUGAUUUAAAUUUUAACUGCUAUGUGUUUAUAAAGUAAUAUAUAUACAAACUACUGGCUUUGUUUUAAAUUUUAGUGUUAUGUUGUUACAAAGUAAUAUUUAUAUUAACUGCUGGCUUUGAUUUAAAUUUUAACUGCUAUGUGUUUAUAAAGUAAAAUAUGCACAGAACAGAUAUUUUAAUGUAAAUCCUGAAUAAAAUGGAAUUAAUGUAUA